UAGAGCUGUUGGACUUGACAGGAUUGACGGCCUUUAAGUGGCUGCAUUUGACUAACACACUGUGAACUUUCUAACGUGUCUGCAUGAUAAGGAUUUUGUUGCCAUCCGUUGCUGGGCAUCGUAGCCAUCAUCGUAUCUUUCCUAAUAUAUAGUAUAUUUAUACUCGCGACAGGGAUGAUGUCAACCAUGGACUUCCACUCACAGGUCGCCUCCAUCUUGGAGGUGCUAGCUAAUGCUGCCGUUGCAGAAAUCUGCAAACUAGUGGACGACGGCUACGCGGUGGUCCAGAUGGAAAUGACACAGAGCCAGAAAGAUAACGAAUGUCUUCGGCGGAAAAUUAAACUCCUAGAGCUGCAGGUGACCAGAUACCGGGCGGAAAGAUUAAGAGGCGCUGAAGGUUCGGUCCACAGUCGGUUCCCAGGUGUGCGUGUUACACACCGGCAAAGUCGGGACCCACUUACAGGUUCCCUUCUCCAUGGCAGAACACGGUUUCUCAACCGUGCCCGUGCAACUCCUCAAAAACCCGUACCUAUCGUACUGGACCAGGACCCUGACCAGGAGGUGGUAACCACUACCAAAAUGGAGUCACCAGAUGCUGAGGAAGAAGAGGAGCUUUGUAUUGUGAAAGUGGAAGGAGCAACACAGUGUGGCUCCACCAACACAGAGUCUCCACUGGCCUCCACCGUCGGCUCCAAAGGAACAACAGAUGCUUCGAAAGCUGUCCACUCGACACCACCCUCCCAGAGUAUCAGCAAUGUCCAACCAACCACAUCUCAGCUUACAAUGGAGGUCAGUGGAUCUGACGGCCUCACCGUUGUCAACAAGGUACCAGACACUGAUGGCAGCAGAGGCGCAAACCAUGACUUAUGGGGAAGUGGUUCUUUUGAGCAUUUGGAAACUGCAAUUAAUAAUAUCAGAAAAGAAAAUGUUGCCUUUUCAGGCGUGGAUCCAACCACGUCAGAUGUGAUAGUUAUUGAUGAGGACGCUUCAUCAGACAAGGGGACAAAGGACAAUGGAUCAUCAGUUAAUGGAAACAGAUCAGCAGUCCUAAGCAGUAGCAAUCCAGGCACUAGAAGAGAGACUCAAGAUCAAACUCCAGGAGCUAUGCUGUGGUCUGUUGCCCGGCCAGGUAGCAAUAUGUCUGGAAAUCAGGCUACACCAGCAACAGGCAGUCGUUUAGCAACAACUAGUAGUCGUGUCUUUGCAGAUGCAAACCAUAAGAGCUGUAGGUCACGCUGCCCUGUGACACAACCUGAACAGAAUUCACAUUUGACUGGCUGCCAUCCAGCUCUUUCCCAGGUCAGUGUUGGGGAGAAACCACACUGCUGCCCAACAUGCGGGAAGCGCUUCCUCCUGGACUCCGACCUUCAUAAACACAUGACCAGACACACCAGGGAGAAACCAUACAUGUGUGUAGUGUGCGGCAAGAGCUUUGUGUGUCAGAGCCAACUGGAUAUGCACCAUAACGUCCACACUGGUGAGAGACCAUUCAGCUGUACUGUGUGUGGAAGACGCUUUUCUCAUCCCAGCAACCUCAGGAGACAUCUCAAGAUCCAACAUUCAACGCAGGGAUACCACAGCAAUCUGAAAUGACACUAAGCCAUGGUUUUGGCACUAAAGACAUUGAAAAACAUAUUUUUUUAAAAAGAUUUUGUUUACCUGGGUAUCGACUGUUCUAAAUAGUGUUUUUAUAUUUGAAUAGUAUAUUUUUCACAUGACUGUGAAGCCGAUUGUCUGCUUGAUUUGUACUGUAUUUCACUUUCUCGUUGUUCUUCCACAUUUUUUCACUAUCUUUUUAUUCAGGUUUUGAAGCCACAAUAACUGUAAAAAGGGUCAUUCAAGUCAUGUUAUGUCGUGCAUGUGAGACGUCUUGCUACUUCGACUUUUCAUUUCAAUCAGCGGACACGUUCAGGAAAACGAAAAGUUGUCCUUAUUGUAUGUCAAGGCUUAUCAGAUGGCUGAUAGGGUGGACUCAAGAAGCGUCUCUGAUGUUUAGAUUUUGGUUUUAAUUGAAUGUACAAAAUAAUGGAAACACUUUAAAGCUUUUUUAGCUUUAAGGUGUUUCCAUUAUUUUGACCAACCCCUGUACAUCUUCAUUGUUCCUCAUUACAGAAAUUUCAGGAGUUUAAAGUUGCACAUCUUAUGUUUGCUUGUAGCUUUAUUGACAUUUUAGGUCAGAAGACUCAUCAAUAUGUGGCAGCUAGGUGUCGAGCACCCCUGUAACACAUUGCAAGUUUGUUGUGUGCCAAAACUAUCCCCUUUCUGUAUGACUAAAUAGUAAGGUAGCAAUAAAUGCUUAUAGAAAAAACAGCUGCUACCAAACAGAUUUCCUGUUGUAAAUUCCCUGGUUUAAGUGCUGUUCACAAACGAGAGAUUACACCUUUAAAAACAUAAAACGACAGAAUGAAAAAACUCAAACUGAUGAACGCGUCUGUGAGAUGUCGGUCUUGAUGCUUCAGAAGCAACCAUCUUGUGUGUGUAUAGUUUGGAGCAAAAAUCAACUCUUUACAGCAGCCCAUUUUUCUGUCUUGUUUAGAUCAUUUCUAUUCAUUACAUUGCUCAGGUCUGUUGUCUGUGGUUUACAUUUUCACUUCAGUUUCAUCAUUUAUGAUCCUCUUUCCAUUUUGAAGUGUUGACAUUUGUGUUGUUUAUUUAAACAAUGAUGGUAUCCCCUUUCUUUUUUACUGAACUGGGAGAAUAUGAAAACAGAGAGGGAUACAAAAUGGACAAAUGCACAGCAGCAGCAGUAGUAGUAGCUGCAAGGUUAUUAUGAAUGUCUAGAACACUUGCUCAAUAUAGAUAAUUAAGACUCUGAGUAAUCAAACAAGCACGUGGUGGUCCGACUCGCUCACGACUGAUCAGAGUGAAUAAGGGAUUAAAGUCGUGUGGAAGUCAGAACUAGCGCACAUUCUUGGUCUACAAAAGCUCAAGCAAGCAGAAUACAUGCUGCAUGUGAAGGAAUCAAACCAGCGCCAAUUAGCAGCAUAGGAGCGUUUCCGUUCUAGCAAAGCUCUCGGGAAACUUUAACCUAAGAAAGUUGUAACAGAUGACACCUGAGGGUGUGAUUACGAACCUGUCAGUGUACUCUACAAAAUGUGCAAAGCAGUACUAACAAGCUGUUUGGAAGGACUACAUGCAUAUUACCCAGUUUGUUGUUUUGCUCAAGGAUUACCCAAUUAGAGGUGUUAAAAUGCAAUGUAGUGUGUUUCGGUGGGCAGGAUAUUUACCUGUCUGCUUCAGCACCUGCCAUUAUGAAACCCAAACCAACCCUACUGUGCAAGAGUAGCAGACCUGGUAUGACGUGAUGCGAGUAAAUCUGAACCUCUUGCCUUGCAUGCUAUUGUGAUUUUCUUUUCUCGCCGUUCUUUGUGCACUUCAUUUUGUCUUUCCUAAGAACUACUGAAAAUGAUGUCAUGUCUACUUAUAUCAAUAAAGUUACACUUGGCAAUGAGAACGAUACCCAGAAUUGCUAUGUCACUUUACAAUUAGUGAACAACACUAUCAAAAAUGAUCAACUGCAUUAUUAAAUUAAA